GGAAAUGUACAAGCCCCGUGUCAAACUUUUGAAGAGGGGUCAAGUCACAUUGAGCAGCGUGGGAAAAGCAGCAACAAAAAGACUGCGGGAAGAAAGCGCCGAGCGGCGGCGGCGGAGGAGAAGGGGCGGCGGCGGCUCCCUCGGCCCCUGCUAUGGGCCAGCUGCUGACUGGUGCCCGGCUGAGUGCGCGGCUUCCCCCUCUGUGGUGACCCUGCCCCUUGUGCUCCACUGUGGAUGGCUGAGCCGAGCCGAGCAGAGCUACCUGUGUGGCCCGGCCGGGGCUCUGCCGCAUGGACCAUGUGAAGAGCCGCAGCGGUACCUGGACCUCACCCCCUCCCCCCGUGCCCACUUGGAUGCCCCUGUCGCCUCUGCCCAGCUGCAGAUAAUGUGACCUCCUUGGGCUGGCGCUAUCUAUGUGCUGCUUCCUGCAUCUCUCCGUCCAGCUGUGCGCGGCUGUGCCUGCAGCUGUCUUAAGGAGCUCCAGACCGUCUCAGUCCUAGGAAGCCCUCUCCACAUCUGGAUUACAAGAAAGGAGGAGGAAGAUUGAAUCUUGGGCUCCUAUCUCGUCCCUGGACCCCCCCCCCCCCCCCCCCCCCUCUCCCCUACAUCCAAAGGCGAUGAUGACGAUGGAGAAGAAGGACGGCCUGGCAGAUCAACAGUACGAGUGUGUAGCCGAGAUCGGGGAGGGGGCGUACGGCAAGGUGUUCAAGGCUCGCGACCUGAAGAAUGGAGGGCGUUUUGUUGCCCUGAAGCGGGUGCGAGUGCAGACCGGAGAAGAGGGGAUGCCGCUGUCCACCAUCCGGGAGGUGGCGGUUCUGCGGCACCUGGAGACCUUCGAGCAUCCUAACGUGGUCAGGUUAUUUGAUGUAUGUACCGUUUCCCGGACGGACAGGGAGACAAAGCUUACACUGGUUUUUGAACACGUCGACCAAGAUUUGACGACUUAUUUGGAUAAAGUGCCGGAGCCUGGUGUUCCCAACGAAACCAUAAAGGACAUGAUGCAUCAGCUUCUUCAAGGACUGGACUUUCUCCAUUCACACAGAGUAGUACAUCGAGACCUCAAGCCUCAGAACAUUCUGGUCACUAGCAAUGGACAGAUAAAGUUAGCAGACUUUGGCCUGGCCAGGAUCUACAGCUUCCAGAUGGCACUUACGUCAGUGGUGGUGACAUUAUGGUACAGAGCACCGGAAGUUCUCCUCCAGUCCAGCUAUGCCACGCCGGUGGACCUCUGGAGCGUUGGCUGUAUAUUUGCAGAAAUGUUUCGUCGAAAGGCUUUGUUUCGUGGAAAUUCAGAUGUGGAUCAGCUAGAGAAGAUAUUUGACGUGAUUGGUCUUCCGGAGGAAGAGUCGUGGCCGAGUGAAGUGGCCAUUCCACAGAGCGCAUUUCAAUACAGACAACCGCAGCCCUUAGAAGAUGUUGUUCCAGACAUUGAAGAACAAGGCAAAGAUUUACUUCUGAAUUGUCUGAUAUUCAAUCCAGAAAAGCGUAUAACGGCAUUCAGCGCUCUGUCCCACCCUUAUUUUGACGAUUUACAGACAAGCAAAGACAGCUUGGAACGUCACAGAGCGUGCGGGCCGAGGCCGGCGGAGGAGAUGACUGCCGAAGCCAAGAGUCCUUGAGCGGUGCUCCUGAUAUGGACAACACAAAGUAGCGGCUGGAUCCUCGGAAGCCAUUGACUUGCAGCAAUCAAUUUGCUGAGGAACUCUGUUUACUUCAAAUCAAUGCAAGCCCAGCGCAGCUUUAUCUGUUUUGUUUCGAAUUUUGUUCAUUUUUUAAUUUUAAUAUUUUUUUUUUAUUUUUUUGCUGGAUUGUUGCCAGCGUAAAGCUGCUGAGCAAUGAUGCUGCCUUUAACCUUGGGUCUGGCGGCGUGGUACAGGUUCAUCCAGUCACUGCCUCCACAUGAGGAACUCCAUUUUACCAGCUGCUAAAUUUAAGAUUAUUUUUCAAUGCUUUUCGUUAAAACCUACCUUGUACCUACAGAGGAGGGCGGCCAUUUAGGGGACAGUAUGUAUAUUUUGCCUGCCGGUGAUGUCAGUAAGGCACCUUUUCUUGGGUAAAGAUACCUAAGCCUGAAAACUCAGGCGCGACUGAAGGUAAAGGGGUAUUGGCACCGCUGAAAUUCGUAAAAAAAAAAAAAAAUUCUAAUAUACUUACCUUUUUAAUCCCACAUUUUGCCGGUCACCAGGCUUUGAUACUGGUUUCUGCGGUGAUAUGUUGGCAGCACAGGAAUGACACGUAAGGUAAGUAUUGGAAUUUUUUUUUAGGGGUUAUACCCCAAUGCCCCCCUCACCAGGUGUGAUGGUGAAAAGAGUGCAGGAAGAUGAGCUAUGUGGUGACUUUGAUAUUGAUGGCCUUUCCUUAGUGUAAGCCACCAAUAUGAGAUGAAUGGGUCCAACACCCGGCACCCCUACCAAUCAGCUGAUUGAAGGGUCCAGCGAAGGCUGCAGCCCCUUCACAGUGUUUACACUGGGCACAGCGCCGUACAUGUUUUACUGGGCGUGCCUGGUAUUGCAGCUCAGUCCCAUUCAUUUCAACGGGACUGAGCUGCAGUACCCCGCAUAGCCACUACAAAAUGCAUGGCGCUGCGUCGGGCAAAAAAAAAACAGUAAAGGGGAAAUGACGCACGCGGACCCCUUAAUCAGCUGAUUGUCAGGAGUUUGACACCCACCAAUUUUUUCAGGUUGUGAAUAGAAAUGAGCUUUAAAGGGGUUGUCUAAGAUUUGGAUAGGUCAUCAAUAUCAGAUCGGCGUAGGUCCAAGGCAGCUGUUUGAAGAGGUCUUUUCCUAGUUCAGUGACGUCAUGUCCAUCGGCCUAGGCGUAGUUCAGUCCCAUAUGACUGAAAUGGGCCGAGCCGCAAUACCAAGCACUGGCGCAAUCAAAUGGACGGACCUCUCCUGGGGAUAGGUCAUCCAUAUUAAAAUCUAGGAAAAUCCCUUUAAAAAAAA